CAAUGCAAAAUUUACGCCCCAGUGCUAUGGAUUGAUCUGUCAUCAAGAACCAUGAGGUACAAGGUGUAUGCAACUGCGUUUCCACUGGUUAAAACCCAAUUGCGACAAACCCGUUGACCAGAUGAGAUUAGCAUUUCAAUUCCUGCGUGCAUCAAGACGAUUACUCGCCAAGCAAAACAACGAAGCUUUUUUUCAAGCAAUGGUGGACUUUUCUUGUGAGCAGUAUAUUGAAGCUCAUGCCGUUUAUUUCAAAGCCACGAACAUCGCUGUUACAUUUCAUUGUCAUUAUGAGUAUUAUGGGUAUUCUAUCGGGUACACGAUCACGUCCAGCAAGCAGGACUGCUGCCGUGCUAGAUGGCACUAUUUAACUAGUGGACCCAAAGAUUCCCUUGAGGACGGUGUACCUAAACAUCACUGCAGGCGACCAGAUUUGGCCAGAGAGAUAAUUUAAGCCACAAGGGAAAUGCGGAUCACUUCGUUGGUACAAAAGAGAAUGGAGACUUUAUUACUCGGAUAUUAUUAUUAUUAUUAUUAUGAGUUAUCAGCAUGUGCAAGAGAAUCUAUAAAGUUUAAAAAAGGGUUUACUCGCACGGGUAGACAAGCUUAGGCUUCAGUUUGUAAGCCGAUUUAAUUACCUCCAACCCUUCAAUUCGGUUUUUUAGCGAUUACAUGGCAGCUUAUUCGAUCCUAAAAUAGCUCCAGUGAGUUUCGAUAGUGUCGACCUAAUACUGAGAAUUACCGAAGUGCCACCCAGGGCCAACAAGAAAGGAAGAGGAAGCGUCUAGGCUGACAGAGUUUAUGCUAUAACUAGUCUUCUAAGAGAGAAAAAAAAUCUGGUUAGGUAUGGUAGAUCAAACUGUCUCCAUGAUAGUAUAGCGAGACUUCACCUCGUUUCAUACCGGGAGGUGUUGCCAAAGGAAUAUCCAAAAACAGUACCGGAUAUAAAAUUCGACGGAAACAGGAGGCGUAUUUAGUGAGUAUGGAGCAACUGGCAACAGCUCUGCGACAGCGGAAUCAGUUCUCAAAGCUAAAGCCUUGCAGUCUCAACUUCGCCUGAGGCGUUUUCAUGGAUGUGUACAAAUCAGGAACCAAAUCUGCUUGAAUGUUCUGUUGUUUGCAAUAGCAAUAAGAUACUUGAUGAAACAAUAACCAGCGUUUAGUAAAAAGGCGCAUAUGCUACCGUACAGGUUCGGGCAUAGCCAUCAGAAAAGUACGACUUCGCGUGGAAUAUGUUUACUUUGCUUGACCAGUCUGCAAAACCCAUUUUUGUGUAUGUCACAGUGGCGAGAGCUUGUGCGGGUGAGCGCGUGUGCCUCUGACCGAAUUUUAGGAUCGAACUAAGAAAAUGCAAUAUUCAAGCCUGCGGCUCUCGUCGGACGGGGCGUUGUAAUCAAUGUUGGACAAGUCACCUAGAUGCGUUCCAAGACUUCCGUCCGGAGCUGCCAUUAACUUCUGUAUUGUGCAGUUGACUCUGGCUUGUGUUUAUAGAAUUACUAGCAAAAUAUUUUCGGAGGUAAUGGAAUCCCCAGAACCGAGGUCCCCUCCACCUGUAUUUGAAACGGAGCAGCAAAGGUCAAUAAAAGGAAAUGUUAAGCAGGACAGCUUACAGGAUAGUGAUCGACAUACGAAGUCCGCUAUUUCAGCGAAAGUACAACGUUUGUUUACGAGCGUAACUGUAACGGCAGGACAGAGGAUAACUACCGCAGCAGACCUGCAGCGAUGCAACGGGGCACCAACUAACGGCGAAGACAGUAGCCGCGAUUCAUGUGGGGGUGACGACGUCACUAUGUCAAAGGACCCCUUUUCGCCCGAAUGCAAAAUCCCUUUACCUGUAGCAUUCGCUCCAUUCGAUUAUGGUUGGGUUGAGCCCUCGUUUAUUCGCAAACGUAAUGAGCGAGAGAGGCAACGUGUUCGUAACGUGAACGAUGGCUUUGAAAGACUGCGGUCGCACCUGCCGUUGCUGAAUAAGUCCAGAGAUAGAAGACUCAGCAAGGUGAGCCGGGUGGAGACGCUGAGGUAUGCGAUAAGCUACAUACAACAUCUUCAGGCUAUGCUGAAGGACUAAGUAACGAUAUGGCAAUAUCAUCGGAAAUGUUCAAACUGGAUUGCAUACGUUAU